UUGGAUGUACUCGAGUGACGUCAGGUUGCGGGAUACGGAAGUCGUUGUUAGAAUAGCUGGCGGGGAGCUGUGAGUUGUUGUGAAACGCAGAUAUGGAAGAAAAUCACUUGAAGUCCAGACUGAAGCGAAAGAAGUCAACGGUCGAAGGUUCCGGGGGAGCACCGAAGAGGAGCCCGACAACGUCCAGCAACAACCCGGCAAAGAGCGGUGGGCCGACGCUUCCUGCAGGAGCGUGGUGGAACAGACAGCAGCUGCUUGCUGUGGAGAGCCUGUGGGCAUUCACACUCCAGGCUACUCUGCCAUGCCUGGAAGAGCAGCUCUGGGACCAGGUUCCUGAUCUUCCACAUGCAUCUGCAGCGAGACCUGCGGGACUUUGGGUGGAGGAACAGGGGUGGUGCGACCUCAGCAGUGAGGUUUCUACCUUCCCUGAACCGUCUCAUCUUUCUCUGAGACCGUCACAGAUCCCAGAUCCUGUCGGGCUCAGCUCCUCCCCGGAGGACCCCACAGCACACACCAGCGCGGUGCCAGAGCCACCUGUCAGAGGCCCGUGCUCCCACAGCAUGGAGAGCUCCACUCACUCUCCUCAAACCCUCAGCAAAACACGGCGGCCGUCCCUGCACAGCUGGGUGGAGGCGCUGCCAUCACCAGGAUUUUCCAGUGCUGGGAAGGAGGAGGGGAGGAAAGCGACUGGACCAGUCAGUAGGAAGCUUCCAACAUACUGGGUGAAGGUAUCUGACAGAGUUCCUCUGCAGAAUGAGGUCGAAGCUAAAAAGGAAGAGGAGGUGCAAGGGUGCGGCAAAAAAGAUGGAGGAAGAGGAGCAGAUGGAGGAGCAGGAGGAGGACUGCAGAGUUGUCCCAUGUGUCUCCAAGUGUUCCCUGCUGGGUUCACCCAGAUGGACUGCGAUGGUCACCUGGCCCACUGUCUGUCUGAAAUGAAUGUGGACAUGACCUGGUAAGCUGAAUCGAUGCCGACGGUCUACAAGGCGCCCGGUUGCUGCUCCGGGGUCGUAUCGCACGGAGGACGACGGUGCAGACAGCAGCCUGUGCAGAGAACUCUGCUGACUGAGCUGCAGUGAGAUGAGGGAACUUCUUCGGUGCACGAGCACACCAUGUUUUCAUGGCUGAUUAGUCGUACUGAGUGUACACUUUACUUUAAAACUCAGUAACAGACACUGUAACCUGUGUGUCUUUUUUUUCUUGUAAAAGUAACUGUAAUCUUUAUUAGCUUUGAGUUCAAGAUGAUCCGGUCGGCUUCAUUCAUGAUGGCAUUGCAGUGCACGUACACCCACACAAGUAGAGCUGUGCUCGCAAGGUCACCCACCCUGGUAUACUCUGCAGCUAUCUACGUAAUGCAGUUCUACAAUGUCACCUUCUUCAUUUCUCUGCAUUGAUGGUGUGACUGCAGUGUAACACAUGAGCCUGACUAUUCUCAUUCAGUCCUGAUUCUUGCUGCCUGGAUUUCCAGCUGCUGUAUCUAUAGUCCCAGGGAGCAGGUGCAAGCGGUGCUUUUACUGGACAAAUGUACAUGAUGUAUGAUCCUUACUGCUCUUUUUGCAUUGUGCAUAUGUUUUGUGGGGAACAUCCAGAGUUCACCACAAUAAUAUAAAUAUGGCAGUAACAGUGUGUGCAGUCUUUCAUUGGUUAGGAUGAGCCUUGGUUUUCCCAAAAUCCCGACGGUGUUUGCCAUCUCGUUACACACCUGUUUGUUAUGUGGUUCCCAUAUAGGAAAGACCUUUUCAGUGGAUACCUUAUCAACAUCUAGUUCCACAUUUAUAUACAUUUCUCAAUUUAAUUUACAAACAACAUAAAUUUGGUUUGGAAUAAAUUCAAAGAGAACUUCUUUUUGAUCAAACCAACAUUUAUCAGUUUCUUCACUGACAACCUCCAAGAACGGCUGUAUCAUGUGCAACACAAGAAACCUCAGUAUGUCUGUCACUCUACACAUGUCAGUGAUACACACAGGAAACAGUCUGGGACCCAAUACUGAACCUUGUGGGACACCACAGCUAAUGUUCAACCACUUAUGCAAACCUGCCUUUUCACAAAAGGCAGAUCUUAAUAAAUAAAUAAUACUCAGAUUAUUUGUCUAAUA